AUGAGAGUUUUCGGUUAUGCAAAGGAUGUUGGUGUGCUGGAUGAUGAGGUGGUGUGGUUGGAACACUUGCCACAUGGUGGCCAAUCUUUUGAUUUGUCGGGUUUUAUGCAACCUCGAGGAUUAGAUUUAUCAAAAGUUAGUUUUGAGGAGUUACAGCGAUUAGUCUCCGUCACCUCAAAUAACCCAGUCCCACGACCAUCAACAUAUUCCACAACCAUCACAACAACUGCACCAUUAUCAUCUUCAAGCCGAAUUGCCAUCUCAAAUAUCACAAAUCCUCCCGCGGAGAUCAAGAAAUCAAAUCGUCCGAUGACUCUUGCGCGUCAGAAAUCACUACGAAAAGAUUCCGGUUAUACAAGUGAUCCGGAUAUCAUCACCACCAUCGACUCGAAUUACACCGAUCCCUUAAGACAUACACAAUAUGAAAAAAAACAUAAGUAG